GGCUCCUGCGCGGCCACCCCCCGCCGGGCUCCGCCAGCGCGCGCCGUCGCCGCCGCAGCGCCGCUCCGCGCCCGCCGCCCCGAGCGCCCGCGCGCGGGGCUGGCGGGGGCUUCGGCGGGCCAGCGGGCGCGCGGGGCCAUGGUCGUGGCCCCCUGACGGGCCGCGGCCGCCUCCAUGAAGCGGAAGAGCGAGCGGCGGCCGAGCUGGGCCGCCGCGCCCCCCUGCUCGCGGCGGUGCUCGCUGUCCUCGCCGGGAGUGAAGAAGAGCCGCAGCUCCACGUCGCAGGAACUGCACCACCUGGACCGGCGGGACGACCUGUACCUGGACAUCACCGAUCGCCUUUGUUUUGCCAUUCUCUACAGCAGACCAAAGAGUUCAUCAAAUGUACAUUAUUUCAGCAUAGAUAAUGAACUUGAAUAUGAAAACUUCUACGCAGAUUUUGGACCACUGAAUCUAGCAAUGGUUUACAGAUAUUGCUGCAAGAUAAAUAAGAAAUUAAAGUCCAUUACAAUGAUGAGGAAGAAAAUUAUUCAUUUUACUGGCCCUGAUCAGAGAAAACAAGCCAAUGCUGCUUUCCUUGUUGGAUGCUAUAUGGUUAUAUAUUUGGGGAAAACUCCAGAAGAAGCGUAUAGAAUAUUAAUGUUUGGAGAUACAGCCUAUAUUCCUUUCAGAGAUGCUGCCUAUGGGAGCUGCAAUUUCUACAUUACACUUCUUGACUGUUUUUAUGCAGUAAAGAAGGCAAUGCAGUUUGACUUCCUUAAUUUCAACUCAUUUAACCUUGAUGAAUAUGAAUACUAUGAAAAAGCAGAAAACGGAGAUUUAAAUUGGAUAAUACCAGGCCGAUUUCUUGCCUUCUGUGGACCUCAUUCAAGAACCAGACUUGAAAGUGGUUACCACCAACAUUCUCCUGAGGCCUAUAUUUCGUAUUUUAAGAGUCACAACGUUACUACCAUCAUUCGUCUGAAUAAAAGGAUGUAUGAUGCCAAACGCUUUACGAAUGCCGGUUUCGAUCACUAUGAUCUUUUUUUUGCGGAUGGCAGCACCCCUACUGAUGCCAUUGUCAAAGAGUUUCUGGGUAUUUGUGAAAACGCCGAGGGUGCCGUUGCAGUACACUGUAAAGCUGGCCUUGGGCGGACAGGCACUCUGAUAGCCUGCUACAUCAUGAAGCAUUACAGGAUGACAGCCACCGAGACCAUUGCCUGGAUCAGAAUCUGCAGACCCGGCUCAGUGAUCGGGCCUCAGCAACAAUUUUUGAUGAUGAAACAGGCAAGCCUCUGGUUGGAAGGUGACUGUUUUCGUCAAAAGUUAAGGGGUCAGGAGAACGGAAGGCACAGAGCAGCCGUCUCAAAACUCCUCGUGGCUGUUGAUGACAUUUCAAUCAAUGGGGUCAAGAAUCAGGACAAACAAGAACCUGAGCUGUACAGCGAUGACGAUGAGAUCAACGGAGUGACACAAGGUGAUAGACUUCGGGCCCUGAAAAGCAGAAGACAAUCAAAAGCAAACGCAAUUCCCCUCACAGUAAUUCUUCAGUCCAGUGUUCAGCGCUGUAAAACGUCUGAACCUAACAUUUCUGGCAGUGCAGGCAUUACUAAAAGAACCACCAGAUCUGCUUCCAGAAAAAGCAGUUUUAAAAGUCCCUCCAUUUCAAGGACUAAAACAGUCUUGCGUUAAGUAAAAACCUGUGACCAGAGCCGAAGGAAGACUCUAGGAACAGAAAAACUGCAACAGGAUUUUAGCACAAUUUAUUUGGAGACAAAACAAAAAUUGCAAAAGCCUUAGCUGCUUGCCACCUAAGUUUAUUCAACGAAGAAAAAGUCCACUGGAAUUUAAAUAACUACAAGGAUUUGGGCACAAGCGAGUGACUUGAAGAAGGCCCAACUCUCCUUCUGUAGAAACGUCUUAAGUUGAACAACGAAAACGCGGUUGUAAAUUAGUCUCAGGUGUAAAUAUCAACGCCCUCUGUUCUCAGGGCAGCUGACGCGUCUGUGUGGUGCACGUGUGUCCCUGUGAUGGCAAUCAUUUUAGCUGCUGGCCUUCAGAAGAAUUGAGGAUCUGAUGGAGGUUUUUUUUUACUUAAUUAUUUGCUGGUCACCCUGUGUCAAAACUUCUAAAGAUAAAACAAGCGUUACUGAAAUGGUACUUUAUGUCAUUUGACGCCAUUCGGUUUAAUCAUCUCCAUUUUAAUAUUUGUGAUAUUGUUGAAAUGUUAACUCCGUUAAGUACCCAAGCUGCUUGUCUUCCACCAAAGAGUGCUUUAUUCACAAGAAUCUGUGAAAACCACAUUUUAAGACUGGUGCAUGUCGCGAUACACAUUGGUACUCGGGUAACCUAAAACUUGCAAGAGAAUAUUAAUCGUAGCUUUAGAAGCCUCAGGAGGAGAAACUGGCUUCACAGUUGGAAGAUUGUUGUAAGUCGUCCCUUUUUAUGUCAUUUUGAGAUGGAAGAAUGCCAGGGCUGUCCACUAUGUGGCUGCCCAGUCAUACAAAUUAAAAUUGUAUUUCCUUCCAUGCGGGAAGAAACCCCACACUGUUGAUGUUUGCCCUUGGAAACCGUGAUCCCAAAUAAUGGUGACCUUUUUUUUAUAUAAAGUUACUUUAUUAGGGUCUUUCCUGUCGCGCUGUGGGUUUUUUUGUUAUGUGAUCAGCCUAAGGCCAUUCACACACCCUUUUAUUUCAGUGACAGUUAUUUGCAUCUGGAUUUCAGUUGUUUGUAAAUAAGAAACUCACUGUUGCCUUUGGUUAGGGAAUACAAUUAAUAACUCUUUGCAGAGUGCCUUCUCCCCUCAACCCCACAGAAACACAGCAGAGUCUGUGAUGUCAGGCAAUCACAAAUCCGAAUUUACUUGCUGCUAAAAGAAAGGGGGGGGCCAAAAUAAAAGAAUAUUUUUGCAGUCACCUGGGUUACUUCCAUAAUAAGAAGUGAACGGUUUAGUUACCAUUAACCGGUUAUCAUUAGCCUAGUUUGGAGAUUGGGAUGAUACAGUAUUUAAAGGCAAAAUGCCUUCACAUUACAAGAUGAAUGAAUCCCGUUAGUAGGCAAAUCCACUUUUAAAAAGCUGCCUUUUUCAUAUGACUGUGCAGAAUAAGAAAUGGCUGUGGAAUAAACAGAUUAAAGUCUGUUAAGGCCAAAAAAAAAAAAAUUGGAAGGCUGUGGUUCUAUUUUGGUAUUUACUCUUGGAGGAGAUUGUAAGAUUGCCUUGUUUUCAGAGGAGAUGGAAGACGCCAUUGUUUUGGCCAAAGCAGCAGCUCCCUCGUUGGGCACCAUGGGGCUGGGCCAAGCCAGCUUUUAAGUUGGGGACUAGAGCUCAGAAAAACAGCGGUUUUUCUAUCCCUGGAAGUUCACAGAUACAAAGACCCAUUGCCUGACAGGAAAACAGCUCUUCAUUAAGCUUUGAGUGGGAGGAGAAACAUUCCAUUUGUUGUGUCGCUCUGGGCGACCAUACCGCAGGGUCAUCCUGUGCCCAGGCGUAAAACCUUGAAUUCUCAGGGCAACUCUCCUUCCCUUUAUACUUCUAAAGGCCAUCUCCUACAUAACUAGUCCAGGCAGUGGUGCAAAUCAGACUUCCAUCUGAACUGUUCUUGUCGGUCAGAACGAGUUAAAUGUGCCGUCUCCCUCGCAGUGAAAAAGCCAUUUGGUGUCUUGGCCAAGAGUGAAAAAUUGGGGCUUCAGUAUACUUUUUGUUUUACAAAUUGCCUUUUUCUGUGUCUGCUGCUCAAGUUUCCAGCUAGAAUUGCUGUCACUGUGGCUCUUCCUACAAAUCCUUGUAUUUGACAGGCUCACUGAGGUUAGUCGUAGCAAGCUAGGGAUUGGAUCAAGCAGCAUUGCUUGGAUGGAACACACAUCUUGGGCUAGUGCUUCAGACGGACUGCAUAGCACAGUGUUCGUAAACUUACUGGGGACAUAUCUCAAAUCCAGGGUGGCUCUGGGUCUGAUGGAUGGAAAACUUCCUGCGAUGAAUAAUAAGAGUAGACUCUCCACCCCCCGCCAGCCCCCAGCAGAAACUUCAACACACUCAAGAAUCUUCUGAGUCUCAUUUGUUACAGAAGAUCUUGUUGCUAUGGGAUACGAAAGAGGGCAUGUCAGACCGAAAGAUUACUUUAACUUAAGAGCCUUAAAUAGCUUUGAAAGUACACCAAGUCAGUUUCCACUGGAAUUAAAAUUAGAAAGGAACUCUUUUAGGUGCCCUUGAAGCUUUCUGGCCUGCCAAAGUGGGUACCUAAGAUGUAUAGACAGACUUUCAUGUCAGAGUCUUAAAGAAAGGCUAGAAAUCUCUCUUCCCAGGGAAGAGGGAGGACCCUGAGCAGUGCCUCACUGAAACAAGUAGCCUUGUCAAAAUGUAGCCGCGUCUACGCAGCGCGCUGCUCUUCUAGUCUCCAGAAUUAUUCUGUUCUAAACUUGAUCCCCUUAGCCUGUUCCCCCCCACCCACCCACUUCUUGCCUGCCCUCCUCCCCCUCUCACAGGGGUGAUGUCUACCUCCUGGGCCCAGACAAGUUUCAGAGGAGUUCCCCGGUGUUCUCACGGGGCAGACGUGUCUGCCCGUGGAGUCUGAGACACGGUCGGGCGGCCGCGUGGACCAGUGGGCAUCCUGGGCAUCCUCUCCUUUGCUCGAUAUGCGAGCAUUGCCCUCCUUUGAUGUUUGAUUUCAAAAAGUAGCUUAGCUGCUCUCCUGCAGACAUCCUUUCAAGCCAUCAUCACAUUUUGGGAAGCAGUGCUCAUCAAAAACAACUUUAAAAGCAUAGUUUAAUUCUUUAGCAGUUUUCUCCCGCUGACACCGUCCUGUGAGGUUACCUGCUGCUCCUCCCCUUCUCCUAAGUGAGGAUUCUCCGUGUCGCGAAGUGGGAAUGCUCCACGUGUGCAUAGUUGACUGGACAGUUCACCUGUACUGUGUAGGAAGUUACCUCCUUAAUCGCCCAAUAGAAUUAACUGUCAGCAGAUCUGUUCAUCUGAUUAUAGUACUGCAGAUUUAUAUUAAUAAUUUGCAGACUUUUAUCUAACCUGCACUCAUGUACAGAUUAUUAAAAGUUUUCAAAUGUAACUGAAUAAUCAGUAUUUGAUCAAUCAUUGUCUUGAUUUUUUUAAUUAAAAUGUAUAUUUCUAACUCAUAUUUUAUAAAGCUGAGAGAACUGGUUGAAUGAAUGUUUAUUUUCCUGAAGGUAUUUUUAAGAUAAAGCUUCACAAUGGCCUGUAAACUUUGCGUAUCUAUGUAGUUUGGUACAUAAUUGUCACAUUUGAAAAUCUUGUGUAUUGUAACUGGUUUUAUACAAAAUGUUGAAUAGUAAAAAUUGUAUAAUUACAAUCGUGUAAUUAAAAGUAUUAACCAAACA